AUGAACUCAUUCAAAGCUCAUACUCUUCUGUCUCGCAAAUCUUGGGGAACUCUUCUGUCUCGCACGCACUCCAUUGCGUCGCCAGUUGGGCUUUUCCAAUCUCAAGUCGGAAUGUUUAAACUCACUAGAUCUCACCAACUAGUAUUGAUUCGACCCUAUAAUAAUGCUCAAGAAAAGGAAACACAAGCGGAAAAAGGACUGAAAAAGUAUUGGAAUUCAUUCAAGACCGUGGUGACUGACCCGUCCAAGAAAUUAGCCAGUAAAAAAGGUUUAUCCACCAUGGGCAUUGGCCUUGUGAUUUCUUAUUUGUACGUCACCCAUGAAAGUCCCGGAGCCCAGGACAGAAACAUGGCGGAUGUUUUCAAGAAGGGAAAAAUCGAUCGGGGGGUUAGUCCACCUAUUUCUAAAAAACUGGUCAAACGCGAGAAUCUUGAAAAUGCAGUGAAGAAUAUUUUGCAACUCUCUUUACAAAAUUACUUUCUUAUUUCGGGCGAACAUGGGACGGGAAAAACAACCUUGGUUCAAAAUGCCAUCUUGAGUCUCCAAGAGCCAAAGGGUGCUAUCCAUUUUGAGUGUCCUUCAGAUGCGAAAGAAUUUGCAAAGAAUUUGUCAAAACAUCUUGAUUAUGAAUUAUAUCCAUUCAAACUUCGAGAUAUUAUCAUGCAGUUGACAACUAAUGCAAUAAGGAAAGAACAAGACGGUCGUUCAGAAUACUCUAGUUGGAACCUCUUAAGCACGCAACUUCUCCGCACAGCGGAUUACUAUAUGAAAAAAUACAAGCGCCCGAUAGUUUUGGUUCUUGAUCAAGUAGAUCGCAUUGCUAAAAAGGACCCAGAGUUUCUUGGGAUACUCCAAGAUUUUGCGAAGAGCGGUGCGGACAGAGGCACCCUUGUCAUUGUAUUUAUUGCGAGUGAAGGCUUGAUUCCGCAAAUUAUGAAAUCUCGCUCUGCCUGGUCGCGGGCAAGCGCCACCUUUGAAGUUGGUGAUAUCUCAGAUGAAGAAGCCGUGAAAUUUCUGCAAGAUUCUGGUAUUGAUAAAAAAAAAGCUGAAGACACAGUGAAAUAUCUAACGGGUGGACGGUUUGCUUUAUUGAAGAAUGUCCAAGAAUUAAAUCGAGUCGAUCCUAAAAAUUUAGUUGAAA